AGAGUUAUCCUCUCUCCUUGCACUUCCAUAUAUGGUGUAACGAAUCCUACAAUUCCAGUUAAUGCCAGUCACAAUUUGUGAGAUGGAUUUCUGACAGCAUCAUCAUACAUUGGCAAGCCAAGGAACAGAAAAUCAAGAGAAAUAUUCAAAAAUUUUGACAUAAAGUGUUCAAUAGUUGUCUGAAGUUUUCAAAACUGAACUGAAAAUAUAUAAAGUCCGAGAAUGGAUGUAGUAAAUGUGUGAAGUAUAAAAUUUUAUUGCUGCGAGCGAAGCGAGUAUCCUUCUAUUCGGAACACAGUGUCGAUUCAAAGAUGUCCCUAACAGAACACACGGUACAUACGAUUAGCGGUUCAAGUCCAUACCGUGUCGAGAGUCGAUUCAAAGAUGUCCCUAAAAGAACACUGCAUACAUACGGUCAGCGGUUGUACUAGUUUGGCUUGUGUUUGAAUUGCGGUUUUUUUUUUGUACUUUUUAGAUGUCAGGCCUCUGUAUUAUAUGCUUGUAUAAAGCGGUACCUCAUCCCAGCCAAGGUGUUUUCCUUGUACGGUUGAGCUGAACUAACAUUAGCUCCUCUUUUGACAUUUCCUGUGAAAAUAUUGACUCCAAACAUAUUUAUUGACAAAAGAAGUGCCKUGCUUUUCGCAUGUAGAUUUUGCUACUUGAUACUUAACGGUGCUUUUUGAGUACAAAGCGUGUUUUUUGGUCUAGUCCAGUUUCCAGUAAUGAAGAUGAAGUUUAUCAUUGCAGUGAUGUUUUGGGCUGCACUGAGUUCUUGUGAAGCACGAACGUUUCUUGAACAAUAUAUAGAAGGAGAAGAUGAGUACACAGCGAAUGGUUUCGACUGUCAAGGAAAAGACGAUGGUUUGUACCAAGAUCCUGAUGACUGUGCUGGGUUUAUCCAGUGUGCUCACGGGCGCACGUUUCACAUGAAGUGCGGUGCUGGGACAAAGUUUAACGCAAUCCUUAAAGUUUGCGACUGGCCUCAGAACGUCAUUUGUCCAGAUUUUUGCUCCAAUCGUCCAGAUGGACUAUAUCCUGACCCUGAAACUUGCAAAGGUUUUAUUCACUGUCAUAACAAUCGAACAGCACGUAAAAAAUGCCCGGAUGGUUUAUUAUUUAACCCUAAAUUAAAAGUCUGUGAUUGGCCAACCAAUGUUGAUUGCCCAAYUGGUCCAGGAAGUGGAGAAAUGGAACUAAUCUGAAUCAAAAUUCUUGGUUAUAAUUAAUGCUGUUAUAGUGAAAUUUAGGGCAACUUAAUAGUAAUAAAAGUUCAAUAUACUGUAA